UUGAAGAAAUUUUUUUUAUUCAAUGGUCAUAAGUGAAAAGAGAAAAAGAUUGCCAUUUACUGUACAAUAAGUGAAAAAAUGUGUUCACAACAUGUGCUAAAUGUCAUCUAUUGGAAACCAUGCAAUUCUCAAGUAUCCCACAUCUUAUUUUUAAAAUAAAUAUGUAUUUUAAACCUUUUAAGAAUCCAUAGAAGAAAUAAAAGAAGCAUUUACAUGAAAUUACUACUUUAUCAUUAACCAAAGAGGAAAUUUGUCACGUAUUUGAGUUUUUCACGCCUACCUAUCUUUUAUCUAUAUCUAGGGCCGCUAUUCUAUUUGGUGUUAUUGGAACUGGAAUGCUUUUCUUGAAAAACAGUGAAUAUUGAAACUGCUGUUUUCAAGGUGAAAAGUAGCUGGAUCAACUAGCUACAUCAAGAACAACUUUUUUAUGCAAAGAGUAAGGUCAAAGUUUAUAGAAGAGAGAGAAUGGAUGAAUAUAAUAAUUCUACUCAAAGACUGGUUCAGUUAAGGAAUAAGAAAUGAAAAAUACCAAUUAUUUCCACACGUACAUGGUACCGUAUUAUAAGAUGUGAGUCGGUGAUUUCAAACAGGAUAUGCUUUAGUGGUUGUAGUUACAAUGGACUACCUACUUACUCGACAGUUGCAAUAACUAAUAACUUGCUUUGUUUGUAAAAUCUUCUUUCCAGAGGAUAGCCUUCAAUUAAUGAAGAAACAGUUCAUUGCUCUUGAAAACAACGCAGCGCUGUUCUUCACGUAGGCUUAGCAUGAAUAAGGUACAACCACUUAUUUUUGCAGUUCUUUCUCCAUAUCUGUUGUCUGAUAAAGGCUCCACUAUUGAAGUACGUGGAGAUCUAAUUAUCGAGCCGAUCACCAACAAAUGCCUGACGUGUAUUUGCAACGGAGCGAGUCGAUGUGGUCUAGAAGUGAAGUGCGACGGAGAUGUGUGUGGCGUUUUCUCCAUUGGCUACGAGUAUUGGCUGGACUCCAACUCACCCACACUGCCCUUUGAUAGCCCUGAAUCAGAAGGAGAAGUACGUGGAGAUCUAAUUAUCGAGCCGAUCACCAACAAAUGCCUGACGUGUAUUUGCAACGGAGCGAGUCGAUGUGGUCUCGAAGUGAAGUGCGACGGAGAUGUGUGUGGCGUUUUCUCCAUUGGCUACGAGUAUUGGCUGGACUCCAACUCACCCACACUGCCCUUCGAUAGCCCCGAAUCAGAAGGAGAGGAGAGCCUUCAAUUAAUGAAGAAACAGUUCAUUGCUCUUGAAAACAAAGCUGCGCUGUUCUUCACGUAGGCUUAGCAUGAAUAAGCUACUACCACUUAUUUUUGCAGUUUUCUCUCCAUAUCUGUUGUCUGAUAAAGGCUCCAUUAUUGUACGUGGAGAUCUAAUUAUCGAGCCGAUCACCAACAAAUGCCUGACGUGUAUUUGCAACGGAGCGAGUCGAUGUGGUCUAGAAGUGAAGUGCGACGGAGAUGUGUGUGGCGUUUUCUCCAUUGGCUACGAGUAUUGGC